ACACUGAAUUGGGCGCGUGGUCCUGGUGCCGUGGCGAAUCAGCGGCCCGCAUGUGGCCUUGACUCAGAAGCAUGCUGGCUGGAGGAACCCUGCAGGAGUGGUUGGUCCAGACCGGUCUGCUGUGGUGACGGCCUUGCAGGAUGGCCAGUUUCUGUGCGAGCCGAGGGCCUCGAGUUUAGGGGGCUGGGUGCUCACCUGGAGCUGCAGACGCUGGGGUUGCAGUUACUGCAACCUGGCGAGCCACUCACUCAUCCAAGUAUCAGCGAGUUUGACGGAGGAGAUAGCUACAGUGCACCGGCGCAGUCCGGGAUUGAAGCUCUGUCAGAUCACCAGACAGGCGGGAAACCCGGGGAAGGACGGUGAAAGGAAGAUGAAAGGACGGCGGCCGGGUUUUCCUUUCAUCUUCCUUUCAGACGGGAUAGCGUGAGUGAAAUUCCCUGUCCUGCAGGAUGGACCCAGCACUGCCUGCUGUCCGGCUCACCGUCCAGGAAGCCAUUCACACCCUUUCAUCCUCAGAGGAUGCUGGCCAUAUCCUUUCUACCCUGGAGACUCUGAAGGGAUACCUUCGUGGAACCCAGAAUCCAGUUCUUCCUGAGGAGAAGGAGGAGUUUACCACUGUCCACUUCUCAGCCGUCCUCAGAUGUCUGGUCAGCAAGCUGAGCCCAGGUUGGCUGGAGCUAUCCCCUGACGGCCAGCUGGAGCAGCUUUGGGAGAGCUUCUUUCUGGACGGCCCUCCAGACCAAGCCUUCCUGGUGCUGAUGGAAGCCAUUGAGAGCACUGCCGGCCCUAGCUUCUGUCUGAUGAAGAUGGCUCGGCUGCUGGACACAUUUCUGAGCAUAGGCAGAGUGGCUGCUCUAAUGGAGGAGCAGUGUCGGCCGCAGACAAAGCCCAGCUUCCCCCUGUUCCAGGAGACACUGCUCAGCAAGGUCGUGGGCUUACCUGAUCUCCUGGGCAACUGUCUCCAGCGGGACAACCUGACCCAGUUCUUCCCCCAGAACUACUUCCCUUUGCUUGGCCAGGAGGUUGUGCAGGCACUAAAGGCAGUUGUGGACUUUCUCCAAGGUGGCCUAGACUGCUCUGUCUCCUUCGUGUCUCGAGUUCUCGGAAAGGUCUGCAUCCAGGGGCGAAAGAGAGAGAUCCUGAGUGUGCUGGUACCCCAGCUGACAGUGCUCACCCAGGACAGCUGUCUGUGGCAGCGGGUGUGCUGGCGCCUGGUAGAGCAAGUGCCUGACCGGGCAGUGGAGGCUGUGCUGACAGGACUUGUAGAGGCCACUCCCAGGCCUGAAGUCCUGUCACGACUACUAGGGAACCUGGUGGUGAAGAAUAAGAAAGCGCAGUUUGUGAUGACCCGGAAGCUUCUGUUCCUGCAGUACCAGCACACAACACCCAUGGUGCAGAGCCUGCUGGGGUACUUGGCUCUAGACAGUCAGCGGCGGCCACUCCUCAUACAGCUGCUUAAGGAGCUGCUAGAGACCUGGGGCAGCAGCAGUGCCAUCCGCCACGCACCCCUGGAGCAGCAGUGUUACAUCAGCAAGGCCAUCCUCAUCUGCCUGGCACACCUCGGGGAGCCAGAGCUGCAGGAUAUCCGGGAUGAAUUGCUGGCCAGCAUGAUGGCAGGUGUGAAGUGCCGCCUGGACAGCAGCCUGCCCCCUGUGCGUCGCUUGGGCAUGAUUGUGGCCGAGGUCAUCAGCUCCAGGAUCCACCCUGAGGGGCCUCCCCUGAAAUUCCAAUACGAAGACGAUGAGAUGAGCCGUGAGUUGCUGGCCUUGGCUGCCCCAGGGCCUGUGGGCGACUGCUCCUCUGAGCCACGAGGCCCAUCCCCAGCUCCUGUUGCCACAGAGCCUCCUGUAGAGACACUAGAAAAGACCAUGGAGAGUGAUGUCCCCCCAGCUCAGCUGCAGGGCUCCGACUCGGAGCUGGACAGUGAUGAUGAGUUCAUCCCCUAUGACAUGUCAGGGGACAAAGAGCUGAAGAGCAACAAGGAGCCUGUGUAUAUCCGAGACUGCAUGCAAGCCUUGACUACAUCUGAGGACAUGGACCGCUGGGAGGCGGCCCUGAAGGUGCUUGAGGGCCUGGUUUAUAGGAGCCCCGCGGCCACUCGGGAGGUGAGUGUGGAGCUGGCCAAGGUACUACUGCACCUGGAAGAGAAGACCUGCGUAGCAGAGUUUGAGCAGCUGCGCCAGAGAGCUCUGGUGGCUGUUACAGUCACAGACCCAGAGCAGGUAGCCAAGUAUCUGACCUCACAGUUCUAUGGCCUGAACUAUAGCCUCCGGCAGCGCAUGGACAUCCUCGAUGUCCUUGUUCUGGCUGCCCAGGCACUGUCUCGGCCAAGGAGCCUCCAGAGACUUUCCCAGCACAGGUCCCCUGCUUCUGGCACCUUGUGUUCACCAACACUAGCCAUUUCUCAGCCUGGCAGUGCUGUGGCUCCUGACUGGCAGGUGGUUGUGGAGGAGCGGAUCAGAAGCAAGACCCGGAGGUUCUCCAAGGGCUGUCCUCAGACAGAGCUGUCAGGCGUCCCCAAUGAAUUCAACUCUGUGGCUGGUCACUUCUUCUUCCCCCUCCUUCAGCAUUUUGACAGGCCUCUGGUGACCUUUGACCUUUUAGGAGAUGAUCAGUUGGUACUUGGAAGACUGACCCACACCUUAGCAUCCCUGAUGUACCUGGCUGUUAACACCACAGUGGCUGUGCCUAUGGGUAAAGCCCUACUGGAGUUUGUAUGGGCCCUUCGCUUCCACGUUGACAUUUACGUGCGCCGGGGCUUGCUGUCUGCUGUGUCCUCUGUCCUCCUCAGUGUACCCACAGAGCGGCUGCUGGGGGACCUGCCAGAUGAGCUCCUGGAAGCCAGAUCCUGGUUGGCAGAUGUGGCCGAGAAGGAUGUGGACAAUGACUGUAGGGAGCUGGCAGUAAGGGCUCUGCUGCUUCUGGAGAGACUCAAAGAUAAGCUGCUGUCCAGUUCCUCUCUGUAGCCCUGAGGAGUCUCCAUAGGUGCCCGAGUGGAGCCUGGGCCACCAGCACUAGCAGAAGGGAAGACCUCUGAGGAGCAGAUUCUACGUGCCUGGGCUUUAUGUGGGAGCCAGGUCUGGAGGGGCCAGUUGGUCCCUGUGUGUAUGAAGUAGGCUGACCCCUGUUGUUACUUAUAUGUUGGCCAGGCUAAGCGUUCAGCUAAAAAUACUGGGGUUGGGGGGGGGUGUCUCUGCUGUGGGACACAACAGCCUUUGACAGAAUUGGAGCUGGGAGUGUGGGGCCCGAGCCGUGCCUCCUGAGAGCAGAACUUUGGGCUCUAUGGCCAUGGCCUCAAGAGUAAAGACAAGAGACAGCUACUCAGUAUUUAUGAUACUCGGAUGGAGACGGUAGGACAGUAGACUAGGGGUAGCCUGCUGGCUCCCCAAGGGCUUUGCAACACUGUGUUACCAUGAGAAUAAACAGGCUGCAGACAACAAA